CGGUCUUGGAGCGAGCGAGGGCCACCAAUGCGAGCGGCACGUCAGAGACACCGGCGGCGUGAAACCAAAAAACUGGCGGCUCGCUAUAGGAUGCAGAAAUCACCCGUGGAAGAUGCAAACUUCUUCUCCAAAUUCUUCUUCUGGUGGACGUCACCACUUCUGAGGAAGGGCUUCGCGAAGAAGUUGGAGCUGACAGACGUGUAUAAGGCUCCUUCCUUCGACCUAGCGGACAACCUCUCGGAACGACUGGAGAGGUGCGUGCAAACUGACCCAGAUUCCCCCCAAAAGAUGCGAUCGAGACACCGGGCGACACACAUCCCUGACGCUCACAGACGAAUAAGGCCUGUUGCUGGCAUGGCUUUCAUUUUAAUCCUCGGUGAGGCAUCCAAGGCGGUGCAGCCCCAGCUACUGGGUCGAAUCAUUGCCUCCUUCGACCCGUUCCACGCCCCGGAGCGGGCCCAGGGCUACUACCUGGCCCUGGGCCUCUGCCUUCUCUUCACUGCCCGCUUCCUCCUGUUACAGCCAGCCAUCUUUGGCCUGCACCACCUGGGCAUGCAGAUCCGCAUUGCACUGUUUAGUCUCAUAUACAAAAAGACUCUGAAGCUGUCCAGCCGUGUUCUGGACAAGAUCAGCACAGGUCAGCUGGUCAGCCUGAUGUCGGCCCACCUCAACAAGCUGGACGAGAGCCUGGGGCUUGCCCAUUUUGUGUGGAUCACCCCCCUGCAGUGUAUACUGUGUGUGGGUCUGAUCUGGGAGCUGAUUGAGGUCAAUGGCUUCUGUGCGCUGGCAGCCCUCACCCUGCUGGGCAUCAUCCAGGCCUGGCUCUCCCAGAAGAUGGGGCCUCAUAGGGCGAAGCGGGCCGGGCUGAUCAGUCGACGGCUGGCUCUCACCUCGGAGAUCGUGGAGAACAUCCACUCGGUGAAGGCCUACGGCUGGGAGGAGGUGAUGGAGACCAUAAUCAAGAACAUCAGACAGGAUGAGAUGACCCUGACCAGGAAGAUCGGCUCCCUGCGUUACUUUUACAGUGCCUCCUAUUUCUUUUCUGCCAUCCUGGUCAUCGUGUCGGCCAUCGUGCCACACGCGCUCAGCAAGGGCAUCAUCCUGCGACGAAUCUUCACCACAGCCUCCUACUGCAUGGUGCUGCGCAUGACGCUGACCCGUCAGCUGCCAGGCUCCAUCCAGAUGUGGUACGACACUCUGGCACUGGUCAAAAAGAUCGAGGAAUACCUGAUGAAGGAAGAGUACAGGGUCUUGGAGUACAACCUCACCACCACGGAGCUGGAACUGGUCAACGUGACUGCAUCUUGGGAUGAGGCUAUAGGUGAACUGUUUGAGAAGAUUAAGCAGGAGAACAAGGCUAAUGGCCACCCUAAUGGUGACACUGGCCUGUUCUUCACCAACCUCUACGUCACACCUGUCCUCAAGAACAUCAGCCUGUACCUGGAGAAGGGCAAGAUGCUGGCUGUGGCCGGCUCCACUGGCUCAGGGAAGAGCUCCCUGCUGUUGAUGAUCCUGGGGGAGCUGGUGCCGUCGGAGGGCAAAAUCAGACACAGCGGGCGGAUCUCCUUCUCCACCCAAACUUCCUGGAUUAUGCCAGGGACCAUCCGCGACAAUAUCCUCUUUGGUCUAACCUACGAUGAGUACCGCUACACCUCCGUCAUCAAGGCCUGCCAGCUGGAGGAGGACCUGGCCCUGCUGCCUGAGAGAGAUAAAACAGCCCUUGGUGAAGGCGGGGUGACCCUAAGUGGGGGUCAAAGGGCGCGCAUCGGCCUGGCCAGGGCUGUGUAUAAAGACGCAGACCUGUACCUGCUGGACUCGCCUUUCACCCACCUGGACAUCGUGACGGAGAAAGAGAUCUUUGAGAAGUGCCUUUGCAAACUGAUGGCCUCCAAAACCCGUGUUGUGGUCACAAGCAAGAUGGACCACCUCAAGCGAGCAGACAAAAUCCUUCUGCUGCACAACGGCAUGUGUUACUUCUACGGUUCCUUCUCGGAGUUGCAGGCCCAACGCCCCGACUUCAGCUCCCUUCUCCUCGGCAUGGAGGCUUACGACAACAUCGCCGCCGAGCGCCGCAGCUCCAUCCUGACCGAGACUCUCCACAGGGUCUCCGUUGACGAGAGCGCCAGCUUUCGAGGCCCAGAGCCAUUCCGUCAGUCAUUCCGCCAGCCCCCGCCUCCAAUAAUUGUCUCGGGGCCCCAAGGGCUCACCGGGGGUGACGGUCACCCCGAAAAACGGAAACAAUCACUGAUCCUCAACCCCCUGGCGGCUGCCCGCAAAUUCUCCUUCAUCGGAAACUCCCAGUCAACCACAAAUGUUCCCCAGUCCACCACGAUAGAGGACACGGUUGACGAGCUGUCUGAAAGAAAAUUCUCAGUAGUCCCCGAACACGACCAAGUAGAGGAGGUGCUGCCGAGGGGGAAUAUGUACCACAACGGGUUGCAGCGCCUGAACGGACAGCGGCGUCAGUCCGUUCUUGCGUUUAUCACCAACGCCCAGGGCCAGGGGCGCCGGGAGCACCUGCAGUCCUCCUUCAGAAAGAAGCUUUCCAUCACGCCGCAGUGCGAACUGGUGUCCGAGCUGGACAUCUACGCCCGCCGUCUGUCCAAGGAUAGCGUCUAUGACAUCAGCGAGGAAGUGGAUGAAGAGGACAUGGAACAAUGCUUUGCAGAUGAGAGGGAGGACAUCUUUGAAAGCACCUCAUGGAACACUUACAUUCGUUACAUCCUGACCAACAGAAACCUGGUCUAUGUGUUAAUAUUCAUCGUCCUCGUCUUUGCUAUCGAGGUUGCUGGCUCAGUCAUUGGCAUUUACCUCAUCACUGAUAAGAUCUGGAGGGAUGGAGCCAAUCCCAAUUCCCCCAACUACAUCGAUGAGCAGCACCCCAACGCCUCAUCAAUCCCCAUCCACCUGGCGGUCAUCGUCACAGAAACCAGUGCCUACUACAUCAUCUACAUCUAUGUGGCCACAUCAGAGAGUGUGCUGGCCCUUGGUUUUUUUAGGGGCCUCCCAUUGGUGCACACCUUACUGACAGUGUCCAAAAGACUGCAUGAACAGAUGCUGAGUGCUGUGCUGCGGGCCCCCAUGGCUGUGCUCAACACUAUGAAGUCGGGCCGGAUCAUGAACAGGUUUACUAAGGACAUGGCUACCAUAGAUGACAUGCUGCCUCUGGUUCUGUUUGACCUCAUCCAGUUGACGCUGAUUGUCUUGGGGGCCAUCUUCACUGUGUCCAUCAUGCGACCGUACAUCUUCAUCGCUGCCAUCCCAUUGGCCGUUAUCUUUGUUGCCCUGAGGAAGUACUUCCUGCGAACUGGACAACAACUCAAAAAACUGGAAGCUGAAGCGCGAAGCCCCAUCUUCUCUCACCUCAUCAUCUCACUGAAGGGCCUGUGGACGAUCCGGGCAUUUGGGCGGCAGAGUUACUUCGAGACGCUCUUCCACAAGGCGCUGAACACACACACAGCCACCUGGUUCCACUACCUGGCCACGCUGCGCUGGUUCCUGUUCCGCUGCGACAUCAUCUUUGUCUUUUUCUUCACGGCCGCCGCCUUCAUUGCCGUGGGAACCAACCAGGACAAGCCAGGGGAGAUUGGCAUCAUUGUGGCCCUGGCCAUGCUCAUUCUGGGGACGUUCCAGUGGGCUGUCAUCACCAGCAUCACCGUGAACGGACUGAUGCGUUCGGUGGACCGGGUGUUUAAGUUCAUCGACCUGCCCUCAGAGGAGCCGCUACUUGGUCGGAGGAGGGCCAAAGGAGGCCAGGACCUGGUCAUCGACAACCCCCAUGCCCACGAGAGUUGGCCCAACCGAGGACAGAUGGACGUCCAGGGGCUGACUGUCAAGUACACGGAGGCCGGCCGCGCUGUGCUCAGCGACAUCUCCUUCACCGUGGAAGGAGGGCACAGCGUCGGUCUGCUGGGGAGGACGGGUUCAGGGAAGAGCACCCUGCUGUCCGCUCUGCUGCGCCUGGCUUCCACCAACGGGGAGAUCUCCGUCGACGGUGUCUCCUGGAACUCUGUCUCCCUGCAAACGUGGAGGAAGGCCUUUGGAGUGGUGCCACAGAAAGUCUUCAUUCUUACCGGCACUUUCCGGAUGAACCUGGACCCGCACGGACGCUACAGUGAUGAGGAGUUAUGGAGGGUGGCUGAGGAGGUGGGACUGAAGUCAGUGAUCGAGCAGUUUCCAGAUAAGCUGGAUUUCCAGCUAGAAGACGGGGGCAACGUGCUGAGCAAUGGCCACAAACAGCUGAUGUGCCUGGCCCGCUCCAUCCUGAGCCGGGCCCGCAUCCUGCUGCUGGACGAACCCUCCGCCUACCUCGAUACCAUAACACUGAAGGUCUUGAGGAAGACUCUGAAGCAAUCUUUCUCCAGUUGUACCGUCAUCCUGUCAGAGCACAGAGUGGAGCCACUGCUGGAAUGUCAGUCAUUCCUGAUGGUCGAGGGCAACUCCAUGAAGCGUUACGACUCCAUCCAGAGGUUGCUGACAGAGACCAGCCACCUGAGACAGGCCAUGAGCCCCUCGGAGCGCCUGAAGGUCUGCCCCGGCUUGCACCGCCUCAACUCCAGCAAGAGGUCUGCCCAGCAGGGAGCCAAGAUCACCGCCUUGCCCGAGGAGGCUGAGGACGAAGUCCAGGACACGCGCCUCUGAAGCUGCCGGAUGCAGAUUAAUGCACGCAAACUUACACAACGCUACCGCAAUGCUCAUAUACCCAUAAAUCGGCACAUAUGGACACACACAAAUGCACACACACGACGUUACGCAAAGUAAAGGGCUACAACUGACUGUGAAAAGCCUAUAUGUAAAGAUGAGAGCAGGUAAUAUUGCGGAGUAUCAGUACUGCACCUGCAGGAUGGGCCUGAAGUGAUCUUCCAAUGGGCUAGCGAGCUGCCCGCCCCGCAGCACAGGUCAUCCUCUGUCUGUGAAAGUACUGUACUUUAAGCCUUCACACAGUUAAGAGCGAUUCUCAUAACGCCACCCGUGGCCUCCAACACCGCAGUGUUAUGUCCGCGUCUAGGGAGACAAAUGAACACGGCUGUAAAGUGGACGCCCAGCUCCCGUCCAUGAAUUUUACAUGAAUUUAUGAAGCACACCCACUAAUGUGGGGUGGUGAGACGAAAACGGGAAAGGUAAAAUCUAUCGUCCUUCCCGAGAGAAGCUCUGGCAGAAGUCACGUGUGAGAAUCGAGCGGCCUUGAUUUUUCGAUGUGCGUUCUCCCGGCGUACUUAGUGGACGCCGCGUCUUGUUUUCGGGAUCAUAUUUUUAAGUGCCUUUGUAAGACAGUAUGCAAAUACCAUUGUGGUGCGCAGUUUUCAGCAUGUGCCUUCUGUUAGUGUGUGCGCACCGGGUCUCCUUCAAUCCAAAUAGUCUUUCUAGGGGCCAGACAUGUAUUUGCUUUGAGAAAGCGUGAACCUAUACUCAUUUUAUCUUGGUUUGAGGUUGUUCGUAUUAUGCUGAUAUUUCAAUUAAGGUAUUAUUUACUGUCCCAACUUGCGAAGACUGUUUUAAUAGGAGCGGUUAACCUUUUUUUGUGUCGGGUUCAGUCUGUCUCAGCUUAGUUCAGACUGACUAAACACAACAGCAACAGCCAUUGUUUUGAGUCCCUUUUCAUCCAUCCAUCCAUCCAUCCUACAGUAUCAUCCAUCCUACAGUAUCAUCCAUCCAUCCAUCCUACAGUAUCAUCCAUCCUACAGUAUCAUCCAUCCAUCCAUCCUACAGUAUCAUCCAUCCUACAGUAUCAUCCAUCCAUCCUACAGUAGGACCGCAGUCAUUUACACAAGAGAACCCAGUUGGGCGUCUGGGCCGUGUAGCGGUCUAUUCCAUUGCCUACCAACAUGGGGAUCGCCGGUUUGAAUCCCCAUGUUACGUCCGGCUUGGUCGGGCGUCCCUACAGACACAUUUGGCCGUGUCUGUGGGUGGGAAGCCGGAUGUGGGUGUGUGUCCUGGUCGCUGCACUAGCGCCUCCUCUGGUCAGUUGGGGCGCCUGUUUGGGGGGAGGGGGACUGGCGGCAAUAGCGCGAUCCUCCAUUGCGCUACGUCCCCCUGGUGAAACCCCUCGCUGUCAGGUGAAAAGACGCGGCUGGUGACUCCACAUGUAUGGGAGGAGGCAUGUGGUAGUCUGCAGCCCUCCCCGGAUCGGCAGAGGGGCGGGGUGGAGCAGCGACCGGGACGGCUCGGAAGAGUGGGGUAAUUGGCCGGGUGGGGUGGGGGGACCGAAUUGACGAUUCCUUGUAACAUUCAGCAGCUAGAAAAACAAACAAGACAGUUGGUCUUAGGGACAGGGCCCCGAGAACACAGUGGUGCAGCAGUCAGUCAGCAGUCAACGAACAAAAAAAAACACAUUUCAUGUACAUGGUUUCCUCUGUAGUGCUGCGUCUUCUCUGUCGCGUGUCUGCCGGGUCGUUUCGCCCCCCCCCCCAAAACACCUCAUUACACAACCAGACCCACACACAACAACCGGUUGUUGCCGCGAGCAAGUGGCAAGCCAAUGUGCCCUUAUUUUUCCCUCUGUAUGCACUUUAAAAGACACCCUUAGGUACGACUUCACUUUCUCCACACCCGAAUGUGAGGCGAGGAAGAAAGUCGGGGCUUGAACGCCGGACGACAAGCCGAUGUCAACGUUUUCGACACACGACCCGGGAAAAACACAGGUGGUGCUCCUGUGGCAGAGGGUUUCAUCCUUUACACAAAAUGAAGGUUGUUUUUUUUUAACCCCCCGGUUAAUUUACUCAUUAAUUAUCGGAAAGGUUAAGGUACCUCGGAUAUUCUGUCGUGAAGGAUGUUUCUUUGCCGAAUAGGAACUAAAAGUAUACUGGAAUAAAAUGUUUUUGCAAAAUACAUAAUUUGCUCUUGUGUGGAGGGGCCCCAGCCUACAAUACGAGGACCAACGGCGUGCAAGAACACAACACAUAUGUAUGUCCAAAUGAUUUGUGUGUGUGUGUGUGUGUCCGUGUGCAAGUGUGGGCGUAAUACCGUCUGCACUUCCUUUCAGUCCCAGAAUCCUUUGUUCUGCCCUUGUCAUUUUAAAGGGGGUGCAUACCGCUCCUUGCAAGUCAAAUGUAGUUCUGCAUAAGAUGCACUGCAGGAAAUGAAGGUACAAUUAUGAACAAGCCUCGAUAUGUUACUGUGAUGACUAUUUCCUUUCUUUUUUUUCUAACAGUGUAAAUUAAAAACCAAGCUAUUUCUUACUCAUAGGAAAGGGACCAAGAUGUCCCCCCCAAAAAAUGUAUAAAUGCAUUUGUUUGGUUGACAAAAUUUCAAGUAAAAAAACAAAAAAAAAACCC